ACUUUAAUUGAGCGAAAGUUUUAUUUUUACUUUAGUUUCACAAUAUAUUUAAGCGAUAAUUUCUACACGUCGAUACCUGAGUACCGACGAAAACGAAACACGUUUGUAACUGUUUAAAUAUUUCGGUAUCGGUUCAAGAAAAACUGAGUUUUUUUCGAUUGAGAAAAGACAGUGGGCGUCAAAAUUUUAAGAUAAAUAUUCGGGAAACGUUAGGACACAAACGGACUCAAAAAAGUCAAAUUUCGAAGAAGAACAGAAACGAUGAUGCACGAAACCAUAACUGCCUGGCAAAUGCCUAAUGUUCGAAGUCCGACGGAAAGCGUUGACUCGGGAGUAGAACUGUCUCCGCGUACCACUUCCGCUUAUAGUUCGUACGAUAAUGAUUGUAGCCAAAUAUUCACCGAGAUCCCUUGCCAGGGGAGUCCUACAUACUCAAGCGGAAGUGCUGGGUCGGUUGCUGAAGACUCGCAACAGAGAUACAGCACCAUGUCACCUGAAUAUACGGCGACAUACUCGCCGCCAUUAACAGAAGGAGAGUUGGACGCUUUGAGUGAUUGUUCCGAAUUGACAUUUUCGCCAUGUUCUGCUGAAAACACGACCGAGCUUACAGAAAUUGGACAAUUUGGAUUUCAACCAACAAAUGAACUUGCAGUUCAAGCCACCGGGUAUCAUCACCCAGCAGACGUGAAGGCAGAGGGUUCCGUAAGCCUAAACACAAUAAAACGUAAAAGAAGAUUGAAAGCUAGGCAGAUCGGGUUAUGUGAAGCGCACCCCGGCGUCGACCCUUGUUUAGUGCCCAAAAGCGGAACUGCUAAACCACGACAGAGCCGAAAACGUAAACUCGAUCAAAAAGAGUUGCCUAUGGCUGGUGGACAAGGCGUGACAAUGAACCCGAAAAGAUGUUAUUCGGGAGCAAGAGUGAAGAUAACGGCACGCGAAAAACUUCAACAGCUCAGAAGGAUGCAAAAGAACAAGGGUAUGCUGGACACAAAACCUCUAAUCUCCCACAGCAGCGGUGAAUACAUGUCGCCAUCCCAGCAGUCCGGAACAUCUCAAAUCCAAGCGAAGGUUGAACGACAAGUUGCUACCAGUCAGAAUGAAUACGGGUCGCCGUAUUCUUCCAUGUAUGCUACCCCGCAAUCCAGCAGUUGUAGUGUUAGCAGUAUGAGCCGUUCAUACUAUCAUAGCGUGGAAGAGAUUUUGUCCAAUACUGCGCUUUACAACCCUACAACAUCCCAUCACGUUCGUCCGGAAUUUCAAGAGAGAAAAGACAAUCUCGACCAAAUUAUUGAACAAAUUCCGAUGCUGCAAAACAUCACUCCCCUGAAAGAAUAUAUUGAACAAGCAAUGUCAUCUUCAAACCGUACUGGACAGACUCCUUACCAUACCAUAUUGAACAAACUGAAUCAGAAAACAGAAAUCUACAAUGUUCAACAAAUCAAACAAGUAAUGGAACAAGUAUGCCGUGUUUUGCCUGGAGUUAUAAAUCGAACAAAUUUGAAAGGCGAAACUCCCAUUUAUUUAGCUUCAUUGUACGGAAACAUCGGGGCGGUCCAGGCACUAAUGGAAGCUGGUGCAGAUCCAUGGAUUCAGGAAAAAAGCGGUGGUGAAACAGCUCUCAUUGCCGCAGUAAAAAGCAGGAACGCAAGCACAGUUGCAAUGAUUCUAUCGAAACGUGAAGACCCUAAACGAUACGUGGGAAUCAAUGCUACUUCAUACGACGGAAACACAGCUUUACAUAGAGCUACAGCUCUCCGCGAUGUUGAUCUUGCAGUUCAGAAACAAAUUGUUAUCAAUUUAUUGGAAGCGAACGCAGACGCUUCGAUCAAAAACAAUAUGAGUCAAAUGGCACAUUCUUUCCUGCCAGACCAACUCAAAGAGCUUCAAGCCGAUAUGAAAAAACUCAACGGACGUAAGCGAGCACAAGCCCAUCAAAUCAUGUCGCCUCUGCAUGCGGAAGGUGCUGUUUAUGGUCGUUCUUUCAAUUCCCAAUACUCACAUGUUACCCCCGAAAUGCUCCACGCCCAUUUAACCCGACCCUCCAGCAGCUAUACCAGCCAACACGCUCGUUUAUCCUACUCCUCUUACCCUCAACCUCCUAAAACGUUUGCCCCGUCUACAACUAUGUCUUUUGGACAACUAAACGCAUUUGCUACAGGUCAAAUCCAGCAUCCAGCACUUCCACCUUACGUCCAGCGCACCCCACAGAUCCCAACUACGGAACAUCUGCCGCAGGAUGUCGUCGACGAGUUUUUCCAGAAUCUCCCGGAAGUCCCACCGGAAGCUUGAAGUGACUUUUCUUUUUUCUUUUUUUACUUCUUGCGUGUAAACGUGAGAGAAUUCUCAUCUUGAUUUUCCAAGAUUUUUAUUUGCGAGUUGUCACAAUUAGUAUUGCAUGAACUCCGGUCACCACCUAUAUCCGGUAAAAUUUGAAAAACACCUGCCAUGGAUAUAGCAUUUAUUGAAAAUGUGAAAUAUCCAUAGGCCGAAUUUGGCGUCAAUGAUAACCGGAGGUCGACGUGUAUGGGUUGGAGUAAAAUAGCAACAUUCGUUGAAGUUACUAUUUUACUGCGCUCCGUACACGCAUAAAUUGUUUAAAUAACACUUUGAGUAUUAUUUGUGGCUACUCGUGGAUUGUUUUUCGUAUCUCCCUUACAGGGUUGCCUACUAUUAGUGUGAGCGUGAUAGAACCAAAGCUGCAGUCUAUUUUAAUAUAGAUUUCAUCACUAUUUAUGAUAAAGAUUAAUUUAAAUCGUUUAAUAUCAGUUUUAUCUUAUUAAACUCCCGAUUUUAAAACGUGCUUACGGUCAGCUAAACAUAAUGCAUUGUCCAUUUUGUCCAGUCUAUAAAUAUCUAGUACAGAUUGCAAUUCAUUGACUUUUAAAGGGCAUAUUUCUGCUAACUCGUCCCAAGUUUGAUUCUUGAAUGAAACACGCUUGGUCAAGCAGUCAAUGGACAACAAAAUGAACGCUAUAUGCACACACAUUUCAUGAAACACGAACCGUCUGUCAUUUUAACUAUCUUUCUUUCAAAACCCGGAAAUGACGUAGGGUGUAACUCAUCCAAUGCAUUGAAGCUAGUCAUUCUUUGGCAGAGGACUCGAUGCACGAAACUCGUUCAUCUUUAUUCUCUUUCUUCUCAAAAACUUUUUUCUUUUUUUUUGACCAGAUCAAUACGCUAAUAGACGAAAUGAAACGUACAGCACGAAUUAUGAGAAUAUUAACAUUUAAUGGCGCCAUAUGUUUUAAGUUUGCGAACGUGAAAUGAAUUUAUUUGAACAAAAUAAAUAUAAUAGUUUUAUUUAAAAUCAUAUUGCACUUGAUGUGAUUACUAUAAUAUUUCUGUUAACUUCUCAAAAAAAAAAAAUUAUUAAAGAAAUCUAGACCUAUUGGGCAAAUAUUUUGAAUUUGUUGCAAAAAAUGAUUGGGAAAACUCGAAAUUAGAUCUUCUUCUUUAAAUUCAUUAUAAGAUGGGUACAAACAUCCUCAAUGGAAAAUAAUGAGGAAUUUACAUAUUAUUUCUGUCUCAUAUUGUAUUAUCAUUCACAAAAACACGAAAAAACGUCUUUUCAGUUAUUCACACACAAAAUUCUGCCUAUGCGGAUAUCGAGUAAUUCAAAAAUAAUCGUUAGAUAAAUUUAAAUUUAAAUGAAAUUUAAGCCUGUAUGUUCAUACGCUUUCCAAUGUUCUGGCGCUUAUUGGCUGUACAUAUAGACUUGUAUACACAAUAGUAUUAUAUAUCGGAAAUUUUAUAGUUUCGAAUAAAUAUUUUGAAAACAUUGGUAUACCGGAUUCACCAGUAAUACUGAAACAUUAUUGGGUUCGCAGAAACUCCAUUUGCCGACAUUUCUGAGAAAUUUUUUCAAUUUGAAAAAAUCUAUGUAAUCAUUACUGUUAAUUUUCUCCUACAUUUAUCAUGCGUAUAUUCUGUUUCAUUCAUCAAAAUUUCAUUCAAUACAUUGACUGAAUAAUAUGAGCAGAGUAUCUACUAGCAAAUCCAAAUGCACCAAAGUUACUUUAAUUUUUGUAAUUUUGUUAAACUACCAUACUUGCUAAUUCAAUUUGGUCGGUAUUGAAAAUAUCCCGGGAUAUCAGACUGUCGCUUUGGUUCGUUACCUCACACAAGUAUGCUCGUUCUAGAGCACAAAAAACUUUUUUUUGCAUUUUAACGCCUUGUAUAUAGCCGUCUAAAUUUGAUUUAACAUUAGCCAGAUUUAAAUAGCUUUUGUUGCAAGAGUUAUCUUUAAUUCACGCUUGAUCUUCUUAUUCGCAAUAGUGUGUAGUUUGUUUUAUUUCUUUGUUUUACAUAUGGUGUAAAACUCCAUAUGACUAUUUGGACUGUUGGUGUAUUACAUUUUCUUAUUUAGUUAGCAUGUAUUAUUUUGACGGAAAAGUUGUAUUUUUGUGGUAUGAAAGUUUUCUCAUAAAAUCGUAAAAAAUGUCGUUAAGGCAUAGCCGAGUAUACAAUUACAUUACAUUGUAACUUUCUGAGUUUUUGUUUAAUGAUUUUGUUGAUUUUACUGUUUGUUUUUGAUUACAAUUUAGCAUAGUUUGUCCAAAAGUGGCCCAAUUAGCCGAUAGACCAUAUUUGGAAGUUGUAAAAAGGUGUUUUUUUUUUUUUUACCAUUAUUUUAUUUCUAUGGAGUUCAAAAUAUUAAAACAGAAAAAAAAUAAAAAAUAAAAAAUCCAAAAAAAAAUAGUUGUGUUUAAUUGUUCUUGUGUUUUGUUUUUAAUUUUUAGUAAAAAAAGGAAAAACGAAUAAAAAAAUAUGUUAGUUGUUUGUAUAUAAUUUAGUGUGUUUCUGAAUGAACUAAAAAAAAAAAAAUUAAAAAAAUUUAAGUUGUUCAAUUUUCUUCAUAUUUUUCUCAAUCGAAAAAGAAUAAAAACGAAAAAAAAAGUGUUUAUUGUUUGUAUGUAAUAGUUGAUUUCUAUAUUUUAGCGUAGUUUAAUAAACUGAAAUUAAAAAAAAAAAUCGAAUAAAAAAUAUGUUAAUUGUUUGUAUAUAAUUUAGUGUGUUUCUCAAUGAACUACUUUAAAAAAAAUUCAAGUUGUUCAAUUUUCUCCAUAUUUUUCUCAGUCGAAAUAGAUUAGAAACGGAAUGAAAAUGUUUAUUGUUUGUAUGUAAUAGUUGAUUUCUAUAUUUUAGCGUAGUCUAAUGAACAAAAAUGAAAAAAAAAAUUUAUAAAAAAUCGUGUGUUUUCCACUCCUUGCAUGUGUAAGCAAUAUAGUCGCGAUGCGGCUCGGUAUCUAUUUUACUUGAAUAUAACAGGUUUGAUGAGUCUAGUUUGUUUGCCUACAAUAAUGGUAAAUUGUAAUGCAUUGAUAUCACUAUUUGUGGAAAAAUAAAUUGUACAUAUGUCAGA